GUUUUAAAAUGUCAAAAAUAUCAUUCGAUUUCGAAACGUAAUAUUUUCGACACACACAAAUUCCGAACAAAUUCCCGGUCUUGAAAAUACAUGCUAGAAAGCAAUAUACCAAUGGAGAGCGUCGGCGUUGAGGACGAGCAGCCAUCGACAUCGGGUGGGUCGGAUAAGGAUUUCGGAACAGGAAUCGGCGCACUAUCGGACUUGCUGCGCAAUGCCCAAUCGGAGUACUCCCUGGACACCACAUCCGGUGCAAUGAUGGCGAACCGCUGUCAUUCGGAGAGCGACAACGAUGGCAAUGUCACCGACGAGGAGGUCGAGAUCUCCAUUACCCGCUUGCAUUUCCUGCCCGAUCCGAGAAGUCGCCUGUAUAUGGACUGUAAACUGUCACUUCCGGCGGGCGGAAGUGUGCCCAUGCGUGGCGGGGCCGAAAGCAUUUCCGUUUCCGAUCUGGAGGGCAGUCUCUCACCGGAAGCUCUCUAUGAGCGAAAGAGAAACACGGCAUUCGAGCAAGAGAAUCACUGGAGAUUGCAGAAAUUGGCCUUCGCCUGUCCCCUGAGCAACUGCGAUGUGGUGGUCAAUCCUGGUAAUCUUUUAAGUCACUUCCUGAUGUAUCACCAGGAGAUCAUAGUCCUGGAACUGAAAACCAUGGAGGCAAAAUGCCUGAAGCUCAUGGCGAAGUCGGUGCAAGAAACCAGGCUAACCAAGAGCAACUGUGUGGGUCUAUUGAUCUUUGAGAGCGGCAAACAAGUGGCCAUGAAUGCAAAUCUCCCCCGGAUCUAUAUGGACUGGGAGGGCCGUCUGCCCGUGCUGGUAAUGCUGUGGAAAACCUCCUGGGAUUCGUUGCCCGCCGUUCCGCGGGUCACCCAUCUCUACAUCCUUUGGCUAUUCUGUGCACAGGCCCAGCCACCGUUGAUGGUGACCGUGAGAGCGGGUGAAAAUCUUUCCGGAGUGCCACGUCAACAGGUAAUUCACACCUGUCCAAGCUCCGAGAUAGUCGAACAGUGCGACCUCCUCUGCGACAGCCCACUCUUCAUGCGUUUCACUCAUUGCGAAAUGAAGGAACUCACUAGAGAUUACACAAAGGACAUUGAGCUGCAGUUCACUAUUCGCGAAAAUAAAAUGAAUGGAGAACCAAGCCACCAAGAAAUUGAGGAAUCUCUACCUGAUAUCGAGCCACUAAUCGCAGCUGAGGAGUCACAAUGAGACAUCCGAGGAAGAGUUUCCAAUUGAAAACAAACUGAGCACAUUACAUUUUCAUUACUUCGCUAGUAUUUUCUAAAUCUUUUGCAUAAUUUUGAUCGCAAUAAAUAAAUGUCAAUCAGUUAGUA